AGGGAUACUUGGUCUCUGUUGCCAUGGAGACCAGCAAUUGGGUGUCCCUGUGUGGCAUGGCCACUGAGACCUUGAGGAUUCAGUCUGGUCCUGAGGGUUUGGGAGGGAGACUGCCCGGCAGAAGAGUUUCCAUGUCCUAAUUAACCAGUGGUGGUGGUUGUUAGUCUGGCUGUUGCCAUGGUGAUAAGGAAGACACCCAAGUGGGCUUGUGCUGGCUUCAAUACUGAGCUGAAUACAGGGAAUUUCAACAGGCUCCAGGCCUUCCUGUGCAGCCUGAUACAGGACUAUCCCCCAGAUUCACCCCAUCCUCUGGCCACCAUGGGGGCCAGGACACCUUUGCCGUCUUUCUGGGUUUCUUUCUUUGCCAAGACAGGGAUUUUGUUCCCAGGAGGCACUCCCCGGCCCAUGGGAUCUCAGCAUUCAAAGCAGCACAGGAAAGCUGGGCCCCUGAAACGGGGCCACCGAAGAGAUCGGAGAACAAGCAGGAGGAAAUACUGGAAGGAAGGAAGGGAGAUCGCUCGUGUCUUAGAUGACGAGGGCAGCAACCUGAGGCAGCAGAAGCUCGAUCGGCAGCGGGCCCUGCUGGAGCAGAAGCAGAAGAAGAAACGCCAGGAGCCCCUGAUGGUGCAGGCCAACGCGGAUGGGCGGCCCCGGAGCCGGCGGGCCCGGCAGUCGGAGGAGCAGGCCCCCUUGGUGGAGUCCUACCUCAGCAGCAGCGGCAGCACCAGCUACCAAGUUCAAGAGGCCGACUCACUCACCAAUGUGCAGCUGGGAGCCACCCACCCAACAGCACCAGCCUCAGCCAAGAGAACAAAGGCAGCAGCCACAGCAGGGGGCCAGGGGGGGGCCUCUAGGAAGGAGAAGAAGGGAAAGCACAAAGGCACCAGCGGGCCAGUAGCACUGGCAGAAGACAAGUCCGAGGCCCAAGGUGCGGUGCAGAUCCUGACUGUGGGCCAGUCGGACCACGCCCAGGACGCAGGGGAGACGGCAGCUGGUGGGGGCGCUCAGCCCAGCGGGCAGGAUCUCCGUGCCACGAUGCAGAGGAAGGGCAUCUCCAGCAGCAUGAGCUUUGAAGAGGAAGAGGAGGAUGAGGAUGAGAACAGUUCCAGCUCCUCCCAGUUAAAUAGCAACACUCGCCCCAGCUCUGCUACUAGCAAGAAGUCCACGAGGGAGGCAGCCUCAGCCCCCAGCCCCACAGCCCCAGAGCAACCAGCAGAUGUUGAGGUCCAGGAUCUUGAGGAGUUUGCGCUGAGGCCAGCCCCGCAGGGCAUUACCAUCAAAUGCCGCAUCACGAGGGACAAGAAGGGGAUGGACCGGGGCAUGUACCCCACCUACUUCCUGCACCUGGACCGUGAGGAUGGGAAGAAGGUGUUCCUCCUGGCGGGAAGGAAGAGAAAGAAGAGUAAAACUUCUAAUUACCUCAUCUCUGUGGACCCAACAGACUUGUCUCGUGGAGGGGACAGCUACAUCGGGAAACUGCGGUCCAACCUGAUGGGCACCAAGUUCACUGUUUAUGACAAUGGAGUCAACCCUCAGAAGGCCUCAUCCUCUACUGUGGAAAGUGGGACCUUGCGCCAGGAGCUGGCAGCUGUGUGCUACGAGACAAAUGUCUUAGGCUUUAAGGGGCCUCGGAAGAUGAGCGUGAUUGUCCCAGGCAUGAACAUGGUUCACGAGAGAGUGUCUAUCCGCCCCCACAACGAGCAUGAGACACUGCUAGCACGCUGGCAGAAUAAGAACACCGAGAGUAUAAUCGAGCUACAGAACAAGACACCUGUGUGGAAUGACGACACGCAGUCCUACGUACUCAACUUCCAUGGGCGCGUCACGCAGGCCUCCGUGAAGAACUUCCAGAUCAUCCAUGGCAAUGACCCGGACUACAUCGUGAUGCAGUUUGGCCGGGUAGCAGAGGACGUGUUCACCAUGGAUUACAACUACCCACUGUGUGCGCUGCAGGCCUUUGCCAUUGCCCUGUCCAGCUUUGACAGCAAGCUGGCCUGCGAGUAGAGGCCACCUUGAGCCCUCUGGGGUUGCCCAGCCUGGAGCGGAGCUUGCCUGCCUGCCUGCCUGUGGAGACAGCCCUGCCUACCCUCUGUACAUAGGCCUUCUGCCAGAUGAAGCUUUGGCCCUUAGUGGGCUCCUUGGCCCAGCCAGCCAGGAACUGACUCCUCUGCCUCUGCUGCCGAGGCAGGGGAGCAGCAGGGUGUGGGUGGGUGGGUGUGAAGGGACGAAAGUAAUUCUUUCUGUGCCCCAAGAUCAACACACCCCCCACUCUUGGGUUAGUACUGGGCUGCAGUCGCGUUUGCCAAGCUGAGCAACUUCUUCAGCUGGGAAGGCCGAAAGAGGUGUGGCAGGAAAGGAAGCACAAUGCAGGGCUGCCAGGGCCCGGCCAGCCUCUCAGCCCAGGAAUCAGAUGACGACGGGUACCCCAACAGGUAGGGGCACAGUGAAUGUGUGUGUGCAAAGGGCACAUCAACUUUACAUAGCAAAAGGCUUGGUGGCUAAACCUGGCCCUUAAAGCUGCAGACAACCCUCCAACUUCAGAAGGCCCCAGCUAGGCCUGAGAGAAGUUAGGAGGGUGGUAUGGACAGGUGAGUGGCAGGACUUUGCCAGGAUUGCAGGGCCUGGCUAUCUGUGGCUGUGGGAAUCAGCUGGUGGCCUACGGUUCUAGCUAAUUUGAUUUCUCCAGGUUUUCUCUGUGCUCUCAAGGCCAAAUGUCUUAGUGAAUGAGGCCUGCCGGACACAGGCUCAGCAUGUAGAAAAGUGCAAGAACAGGCUCCCUGGAUCAGGGUUGUCCUGGUAGCCCUGUCAACUGCCCCAGGAGCUCUCUGCUGAGCAGCCCCAGCACAACCCCCAGAAAAUGUAGACGGGGUCCAGUUCACCAGCCCGACUGCACACAGCUAGGCAGGACUGGCGUUCUUGCUGGCAAAGCACCAUUCCCAAACCAUGGUGUGCUCCAGGAAGAAUCUCUCCAAAAGACCCAGCUCCCACUGCUGUUAGCCAAAUUGUGGUUGGUUAGGGCUUCUGUGUGUGAUUCUUCUUGGGAGGGAAUGGGACAAAGUGAGAAGAGCAGAUAUUUUAGAACCACAAGAGAUCAGAGGUGACAGGACCCUUAGGGAUCAACUGGUACAACCUCAUUGCAUUAGGUAAAUCACACUCAGAAAAUGGGACUUGCCCUAGGUCACCUAGCUGGUUAGUGGCAGAGUUCAGAACCUCAAAUUCCACUGAUUUCUUUGUUCCCACUGUCCCCCAAGAAACUAGUAUCUUUGGUUCUCUGGUCUUCUCAAGCCCAUUCUGCAUGCCCUCCCCACUUCCUCCCGUUCUAGAGACUUAGAGACGUCUGAGUUGAUGUAUAAGAGUGAAACCAUUCCAGAAGGAAACCAGGCAGUUCCCUGUUGAAAAGUGUCUGGGUUUUUGCACCUUAGUCUGAUCAGGUUUGGCCAUACCUGGCCCCUCCGCAAGGAAGCUCUUGCACAUUUCUCUGGCUGGGCGUGAUACAGCAAGUGUGAAUGUUCUGGGGCUGGGCCUGAUCACUCCUUCCACUGCCACUGCUACUUCUCUUUGGACAGCACUGUCCUCCUUUCGGGCUUGGGAACUCUAUGCUCAAGCUCUUGCUCAUUUGUCAUUUACCCCGGCAGAGGCUUCUUGCCCAGAUGGAGAGCUGAAAUCAGUGGAAAGCACACAGGGCUUGUACCUUGCUUUAGAGUAGACAUGCCUGGAAAGGCUAAGUAGAAACUAAUUUUUUCAAAAAAUGAAGGUCAUACUUUAAACAUGAUAGUGAUGCUCUACAGGUGAAAGAGUUGUUUUGACUUAAGUGGAAGUAGUAUGCUUUUUUUUUUUUCAAUCUAGGUUUUCCUAUAUUGAAUGCUUAAAGCAAGGUAUACCUGUUCUAGCAGGAUCUGCCCACACCUCAGCCGUACAUCCAAGAGAGGCCCCUCCAGUGACUAGCGUUUGUUAACAUGUUCUAGUUUCUACAGGGCACUGGAAUUUUCUGUGCCAGGGCUGGUGAAAUAUUGUGGUGCCAUCCUCAUUUCUACAGCUCUAGUUUAGCCCCUCCUUCCAUGACUUUGAGAUGAGAACAGCAUGGUGACAUUUGAGAUGGAAACUGGAUGAUCUCUAAAGUCUGGUCAAGCUAAUUCUCUGGGUCUAUGAUUUUAAUGUAGAACAAGCUGGUUCUGGAUUCUAGUGAGAGGGGAGACCCUGGAGGCAGAGUAGAAAAAUCAGAAGCACAAUGGAAAACUCUGUGUCUUUUCUCCUUUAGUAUAGAGGAGGAGUUGGGUGGAUAUUUUGGUAGGGUCAGGAAAUGUGAGCUGAGCUUUCUAGCCUGGGUACAGAGAAGGGUAAUCUCAGCAGCCAAAACCUCUGCUGGGCAUUGAAUGACAAGCAAGAGCAGCUGAAUCAACUGUUUGAGACCCAGCCUUCCGAGGUCUGCUCUUAAGACUGCACUCCUGGUGAUGCUGGUUUUUCAUGACUGCUGGCCCCGGCCAUGGGCCCAAGAACUCAUAAAGCUGCCAGGGCCCCUGGAGACCACCUGGGUUUAGCCUCUCCCACAGUAAGAGUUAUUGCCUGUUGCACACACUGUCCAGAUAGUCCUUGAUUGGGCAGGUGUAUUGAAGAUGGAAUGAGCAAGCCCUAAGGGUGUUGGACAGCUGGGGUCUUAGGCAGCUUUUCUGUUACUGCUCCUGGGUCUGUGACUCCUUCUGGGGCCAUACCCCAAACCAACUCUACACCCUCUGCACCAAAACAGUUCUUUUGCAGAGCGGUGAAGUUCAUUUCCCCUACUCUUCUCCAAGUCUAGCUUUUUCUUUCCUUCUGGCUCCAAGGUGCUCUGUGUCCGUCUGUGUCUGUCUGCGUGUCUGUGUAUUUGGGGAAAAGGGCAAUCAGCAAAUAAUGAACUGAGGUUUCUAAUGAUCAUAAUUCUAAGGAUGAGUAGGAAAGGAAUAAGGAUGUAGUCACGAUCACUUGUGGAUUUUGUCCAUUCAUUUCAUGCUUUUGGAACAGAAGUAUACCUGGGAAAUGACCAGCUCUUUCUCCCAGGGUUCUGAGCAAGAGGACACCAUCUAAGAAAGUUAAGUUUUUCGCUUGCCACUCUGCAUUCCCUGAAGAAAUUGGUAUGUUGCAUGUAUGCUUUUGAAUGAAUUUGAACGUAUUCUAGUGAAUGUGCCUUAAAAAUCACGACACUAGUUCAGAGGACAUGUAAGGUCCAGACCCAAGAUGAGGACAGGUGUUAGAAGCCAGGGAUUGUGAUAAUCACAGGCUAGGAGAGAAGUUGUGGAGCUUGCCUCCUUCAAUGACAAACACGGUAACAAAACAGAAGUUUUUCUUGAUUCUGAAAAUAGCAGGGCAUUUAUCUCUAAAGUUCUGAAUUUAACAAGCAAGAGGGGUUAAAUGGAAAUGUCUAUGCUUUGCUCACAAUGGAGCCUGCAGUGAGGGGAGAUGCUAGGAUAGCUGUGUCUGUGGCUCUGUUAUGCAAGCACAAAUUCCAUUUCCUAGAUGGGCUUCUGGGUGUUCCCUUACUGCUGUAACAUUGGCCUUCUCUUCUAAUUUCUUGCCCAAGCGGUAAUAUCCCUGUGUGACUUCAGGAUGCCAGGUGGCCCCCAGCACAUACUUUUCCAGAUAGCUGAGUGAGUCUGCUUUCUUGCAGUGCCCUGUGACUGGGGCCGGACUGUCCUGCAGUCAGGGCCCAGAACUGGGACUCUACACUGCCCUGGGCCUUGUCUUGUAGGCCUGUUGUAGCCCCCAGGAACAGGCCAACGGAUGGGCUCCUGUUUGUGUUUAUGGUAACCUGUCCUUAUGUGCCUCUAGUUUGCAAUUAUCUGUCACCUCAGGAUAUGGGGGUAGGGGCAGAAGUAUGGGGACAGGUUUGGUUUUUAAAUUUUCCAACCAAGUGAAGAAGCAAGUUGGUCUUACAGAAAGCACUACUGUACUUAGUAGCUUGUGAUUUUGAACAAAACAUGUAACAGCUUCAGGUCUGUUUUCUUGACUGCAAGAUGAAGAUGUUGGCUUGUCAAAGCUUGCUAUAGGAUUCGGGUGAAUGAAAGUUAAUCCUUUCUUUCAUCACUACCUUUUCUAGCUCAUCACUGUGCCUUUUUUCUUUCCUAAGAAAGACAUCACAGCCCUCUCCUCCUCUGUGCUCUUGUCCCUCCCUCCCCUCUUAAGGUCCAGGCAGAGUUGGAGAUGAGGCUGAGAUCCAGAGUUUCCUAGAGGGUGACUUAGAAAGGGAAGCCCAACUCUGGCCUCUUUAAUCCUGCAUUUGGCAACAAAGGGGACUUGGUCAGGAUGGGUGACGUUUCUCUUGCUGGGAACACACACAUUUAGCCACUUUUCAUAAUGCCUAGAAUGUGUAUGUCUAUUUGCACAAGAUUGUCUUUUCCUAUUUUGGAGUGGUCAGACAUUUUAUUUUUGUUCAAAAUUAUCUGGAGUUUUAGACAAAUUUGCAAAACUGUGCUUUUAUUAAGUGACUUUUUGAAUAACUCUUUGGUAUUCUGGAGCAAAUGUAUUUAUUUAUUGGUAUGUGCAAUGACAAAUGGUAUUUUCCCAUGUUGACAUUAUGUAUGUUGUAGAAUUUAGUGUUUGUCUAAGUACGGCAUAUCUCAACAAAUUAAACUUGAAUUGUUUCAA